AAUUAAUUGAAUUACAAUCAUAUAAUAAUGGUUAAGUUUGUUUAAAUACUAAGUGUGAAGAAUAUGUUAUCGAAGCUAAUUACUUACAAAGAGACACUGCUUCGAUAAACUUCAUUCUUGGCUUCCUCUCUAAAUAAAAAUUAGUGUCUCAAUGAAAUUCACUCACAAGAAAUACAAGUCAAAAAAAAUAAUGAAAUUCUAAAAAAAUUAGAAUUAAAGUGUCAAAGUCUCAAAUCAGAAUCAUAAGUAGAAUACUUCCAAACAAUGGAAUAAUCGAUAGAACUUUUAGAUUAGUAAUUCAGACUAAUCAACUCAAGUAUGAUAUUGAUGUUUAAUUUUUAGUAAUGAAAAAGUAAAAUAAUAGAAAUUAAAUAAAAUAUUCUUCAUUAAGAUCAAAUAUUUUAGAAAAAGCUGCCAAUCACUUUUAUGAAAUAUGGUAAUUUGAUUCUGAAAAUAUUGAAUACCUUAAAAAAUAUUUAGAUGUAUAUUUUUGUUUUCUAUUAAAGAUUGUUAAAUGUUUUAAAGGAACUUUAAGUGAUCAAUACCUUGAAGGACUUUGCAAAUAUGCACAAUCUACCUUAGAUCAUGCUGAACUUGCAGAGAUAUAUAAUCAAAUUGAAAAGAAAAAUUUCUCAGAAAUAUAAAAAAAAUGUGCAAUGACCCUUUUCAUGUUAACAAAAGAUGAGCAUUAUUAUGAACAUUUCCUUUUAAAUGAUUCAAACUUAUCAGACAAAUCAUUUGAAAUAAGAGUAUUAAUAUUAAUGAUUAUCUUAGUUUCAUCUCUUUGCUACUCAAUAUUUCCAGCAAUAAAAUUGUUAUCAUACAACAAAGUAUCACAGAUAAUAAUGUGAAUUUAUGUCAUCCGAAUAUUAAAGAUCUAUUGCUCUUAGCAAUUUAGAACUUUAAUUGUCAUUCAUGUAGAACAAAACCAAUCACGGAUUGUGA